CUCUACGUUUAUUAUUCUUCCUAUCAAUUUCUGCAACCAUUUUUCCAUUCUUGCAUGUCAAACUUCCUCUACACACAUCUCUACACCCAUUUUGUUCCAAAUUUUCAACGCUUUCAUGCAUACAGAUGAUUUCUAUCAAAGAAGAUCCACAACUUGUAUCCAUACUACUUCGACAACUGGCUUUCUCAUAGGACUUGGAUAGUGUAGUCCCUGCGAUUUUUCCAGCACAGCAAUUAUUACUUCAUCUCUUGUUAUGUUUCUUGUAACUUUUAGAAAUCUCUUUCGGCACAGAGAAAAAUGGCGAUGGUAUCAGGUACGAUAGUGGAGAUCAUAUAGACCCUACUACUUCAAUAGCUUCUUGUCAUAGUAUUCGAGUAGUGUGGUUCUCGAGAUUUUCCGAGCACAGCAAUUUUCAUUUCAUGUCUUUUUAUGUGAGUGGGCGUGACGGUGUUAAUGAAGGGAUAACUCACACCCAUACUCAUACUCACACGCACACCCACACCCUCAUGGUGGGUGGUGUGUAAGUGGAAACCAAAAGGUUUCCCGGAGUGACUUCUACACUCUAAAAAAAAAUUGGUUUUCUACUGAACCCUCAAAAAAGGUUCGGCAGUUUAGAAAUAGUGUCCAAAUGGCUCAAAAUGCUUAAAAAACGAUUAUUGAAUUCUGCGAAACCUUUAAAGGUCCUUCCCCUUGAUACACGGGCCGAACUUUCUACUACGAAACCUUUUUUAAGUUCCGUAGUGCAGAAAAUGGUUCCGUAAGAAAACACGAAACCCAUAGAGUUCCGUAGAAGAAAUUCUCAAACCAUUCAGGUUUAGUACGAAAGCACUGAGGUUUAAUACGAAGCUCUACGGGUUUCGUGUUUUCUUACGGAACCAUUUUUUGCACUACGGAACUUAAAAAGGUUUCGUAGUAGAAGGUUCGGCCCGUGUAUCAAGGAGAAGAACCUUUAAAGGUUUCGCAAAAUUUAAUAAUCGUUUUUUUGAGCAUUUUGAGCCAUUUGGACACUAUUUCUAAACUGCUGAACCUUUUUUGAGGGUUCAGUAGAAAACCAAUUUUUUUAGAGUGUAUUGAGGGCCAUUUUACGUACAAAGUGUUUCCCCACCUUUGUAUUUGAUAUUGUCCUAAGUCAUCAUGAGAAAGUGAGUCAGUGAAUGACAAUUACAAAAAUGACGUUUCAAAAAAUAGCACUAAUAUAACAAAUAGCUGUUUUUAUGACGUGUUCGUUUUUUCUUGAAGAAAAGUAAAGUGUUUCGAUAAGCAUUGGUGAAAUAUCGAAUUCUCAAUUAUUGAAGGAUUAUAUCACACGUUUCUUAAUUCUCAACCAAUGUAAAAGAAACAUUACACAGCCACUAUAUAUAAGGUCGAAAAUCACUACUGUUCUAUUUCACUUUAACAAUAUCGAUGGUUUCAACAGUAUUUUAUUGUUUUGUAUUUGUUCUAUUCAGGUAAUUGUAAGAUUUAUUUUUCUCAUAUUCAUCUAAAUUUGAAUGUGUGUUCUACUUUUUAGUCUAACAGGUUUGAUUCUCAGUUCAUUUUACAUAUAUUACUAUUAAUUUAGUACAUUCCUAGCUCAAGUAAACUCUCAAUUCUGUCAUGAAAGGACUCAAUAUGAUCGAUGUUCACCAAAUAGUGGGUGUAGUUGUUUCUUUAUAGCCGGUACUCAUGAGAUUGGUAUUUGUACUGAUGAAUUCGUGCCUUGCUCUGAGCUGGUUGCAUGUGAAAGUCCAAAUAACAUUUGCCAUCAAUCUAACCAUAGAUGUGUUCAUCAUCCUCGAUGUCAUAGUACUCCUGUUUGCUAUCCAAUACCAAGUUUCAAUCAACAAUUAUGUCCACUGUUAUCAAGUAAGAGUACCAUCAAUGCUCAAUAGAUUUUAAUGGAAUUUUCAGUGUUUGUAUGAAUGUGAUUUGAGAAAAGUCUAUUAUCAAUACUUUUCUUAUUUACUUGUACAUUGAAUACCAUUUUUUCCUCAUUCAGAUACUGAGAUGCACGUCUUAUACAAUCUUUUCACAGAUAAUUCCUCCAGAGGAGAGUAUUCUUGAAAAAGAAUGGAAAUUAUGAAUGGAGCUUAACCAAUCAGAUCAAAUACCUUCAAAAUAUUCUAUAAUAAUUAUGGAAGAGUUUUGCAACAAAAAACGCCCAGAUAGAAGAAGUCGAACGCAGCAUUCUACUUAGCUUAUGCUUAGUUCAAUGUAAUACGAUUCGGCUAAAUCCAGUCAUGAAAAAUAUUGCUUAGUUUUAUUGGCACAUAUGUAGCAAACAGAUUUUUUAUCAAAAUCAUUUUCGAAAUAUCUCUUAGAUUUCAUUGAAAUCUUAAGUAACCGAACUCUAUAUUGUAUUUUGUUUUAAAGCGGCAAUCGCUACAACAGCCAUGCCAACGGCAACUACUGCAACCACCACAGAAGGACCAGGUAAACAUCUAAUUGACUUCCUACAGCUAUGUUAAAUUUUAAUUUGUGACUAGAUAUAAAAUUUUUUUUCGUGUGUAGUAUUAAAACACAGCUUGCUUAUUUUAAUAUUCCUCAGACCAUCGGUCACACAUCACAAAUAGUUGAAAUUGUAUCAUGAAUAAAAAAUUAAUAAUUGCUUCCAUAUUGAUAAUCGUUCGUCUUUAUUGAAGUUUAAUUUCUUUUUGUUGACCUCAAUAGAAUCUUAUGCGUGCUUUAUAUGAACAUCAGGAGAAAAGAAAACAUUUGACUUCUCUAGCUGAAUUUUGAUAAUACUACCCAUGUCGUGAAAAUCGCCGCGAUUUCGGUGAUUUAUCGAAAAAGGAACGUAAAAUCGCGAUAAAUCGAAUUAUGUUGAAAAAUCAGCGAUAAAAUCAGAUUUCAUCGCGAUAUUGAAACGAAAAUCGAUUAAUCGUAAUCGCUGAAAAUCAGAAUGAUUAAUCACGAUUAAUCGAGAAUUUUUUAAUAGCUGGGUGUAAAUGUAUUGUUACAAAAUAGAAAUUNAACCAAUGUGAAAGAAAUAUUACACAGCCACUAUAUAUGAGGUCAAAAAUCACUACUGUUCUAUUUCGCUUUAACAAUAUCGAUGGUUUCAACAGUAUUUUAUUGUUUUGUAUUUGUUCUAUUCAGGUAAUUGUAAGAUUUAUUUUUCUCAUAUUCAUCUAACUUUGAAUGUGUGUUCUACAUUUCAGUCUAACAGGUUUGAUUCUCAGUUCGUUUUACAUAUAUUACUAUUAAUUUAGUAUAUUCCUAGCUCAAGUAAACUCUCAAUUCUGUCAUGGAAGGACUCAAUAUGAUCGAUGUUCACCAAAUAGUGGGUGUACUUGUUUCUUUAUAGCCGGUACUCAUGAGAUUGGUAUUUGUACUGAUGAAUUCGUGUCUUGCUCUGAGCUGGUUGCAUGUGAAGGUCCAAAUAACAUUUGCCGUCAAUCUAACCAUAGAUGUGUUCAUCAUCCUCGAUGUCAUAGUGCUCCUGUUUGUUACCCAAUACCAAGUUUCAAUCAACAACUAUGUCCACUGUUAUCAAGUAAGAGUACCAUCAAUGCUCAAAAGAUUUCAAUGGAAUUUUGAGUGUUUGUAUGAAUGUGAUUUGAUAAAAGUCUAUUAUCAAUACUUUUCUUAUUUACUUGUACAUUGAAAAACAUUUUUUCCUCAUUGAGACAGAUACUGAGAUGCACGUCUUAUACAAUCUUUUCACAGAUAAUUCCUCCAGAGUAGAGGAUUCUUGAAACGGAAUGGAAAUUAUGAAUGGAGCUUAACCAAUCAGAUCAAAUACCUUCAAAAUAUUCUAUACUAAUUAUGGAAGAGUUUUGCAACAAAAAACAUCCAGAUAGAAGAAGUCGAACGCGGCAUUCUACUUAGCUUAUGCUUAGUUCAAUGUAAUACGAUUCGGCUAAAUCCAGUCAUGAAAAAUAUUACUUAGUUUUAUUGGCACCUAUGUAGCAAACAGGUUUUCUAUCAAAAUCGUUAUCUCUUAGAUUUCAUUGAAAUCUUAAGUAGCCGAGCUCUAUAUUGUAUUUUGUUUUAAAGCGACAAUCGCUACAACAGCCAUGCCAACGGCAACUACUGCAACCACCACACAAGAACCAGGUAAACAUCUAAUUGACUUCCUAUAGCUAUGUUAAAUUUUAAUUUGUGACCAGGUGUAAAAUUUUCUUUCGUGUGUAGUAUUAAAAAACAGCUUGCUUAUUUUAAUAUUCCUCAGACCAUCGGUCCCACAUCACAAAUAGUUGAAUUUGUAUCAUGAGUAAAAAUUAAUAAUUGCUUCCAUAUUGAUGAUCGUUUGUCUUUAUUGAAGUUUAAUUCGUUUUGUUGACCUCAAUAGACUGUUAUGCAUGCUUUAUAUGAACAUCAGGAGAAAUGAAAACAUUUGACUUCUCUAGCUGAACUUUGAUAAUACUAUAAACGAUGUGAACGGACAUAAAGUGAAAAUAAAAAGCUUAAUUAUGACAGAAAUCGCGCCUUAAAAUUAUACUAGUCUAACCGAUGAUUACUCAUAGACAAAAGAGAGAGUACAGUUCCUUUGUGAUUAUGCAACAAAAAACGAGUAUUCUCAAAAAUCAUAUCGAAUUCUCAUAGAAAAGAAGAAGAAUAUGUCAUCAAUACCAUUGUUCUUUGCUACGUAGAAUGGUCUUUCAAGUCAUACUGACAAUUCAUAUUCUUUCUUUUUUAUAUUAGCGACUCACAAUAUUCCUGUUAAUGCUACUUGGUCACGAAUCGGUGUAACUGUUGCUGGAGGUAAUGGGUAUGGUGGGGCGCUCAAUCAAUUCUACUAUCUUCGUGGUUUUCUUGCUGAUGAUGAUCAAACAUUGGUCGUUGCUGACUGGAACAACAAUCGAAUCGUCGAAUGGCAGGUGGGUGCAUCAGAAGGCAAAGUAAUUGCUGGUGGCAACGGUCAAGGAAGUCGAUUGGAUCAAGUAGUUUUUGCAACUGAUGUAUUGCUCGAUAGUACAACAAAUAGUGUGAUUAUCUGUGAAGACCGAAACCGACGUGUCAAUGGUCUUUCAAGUCAUACUGACAAUUCAUAUUCUUUCUUUUUUAUAUUAGCGACUCACAAUAUUCCUGUUAAUGCUACUUGGUCACGAGUCGGUGUAACUGUUGCUGGAGGUAAUGGGUAUGGUGGAGCGCUCAAUCAAUUCUACUAUCUUUGUGGUUUUCUUGCUGAUAAUGAUCAAACAUUGAUCGUUGCUGACUGGAACAACAAUCGAAUCGUCGAAUGGCAGGUGGGUGCAUCAGAAGGCAAAGUAAUUGCUGGUGGCAACGGUCAAGGAACAACUCACAAUAUUCUUGUUAAUGCUACUUGGUCACGAAUCGGUGUAACUGUUGCUGGAGGUAAUGGGUAUGGUGGAGCGCUCAAUCAAUUCUACUAUCUUCGUGGUUUUCUUGCUGAUGAUGAUCAAACAUUGAUCGUUGCUGACUGGAACAACAAUCGAAUUGUCGAAUGGCAGGUGGGUGCAUCAGAAGGCAAAGUAAUUGCUGGUGGCAACGGUCAAGGAAGUCGAUUGGAUCAAGUAGUUUUUGCAACUGAUGUAUUGCUCGAUAGUACAACAAAUAGUGUGAUUAUCUGUGAAGACCGAAACCGACGUGUCGUUCGAUGGUCUCGUAAUCCUGGUACAAUGCAGGGAGAACUCCUUCUCGAUGACAUCUUUUGUGAAGGAUUGGCAAUGGAUAAAGAAAGAAAUCUCUACGUUACCGACACUUUGGAAAGUGAGGUGAGACGAUAUGCACUGGGAAGUAAAAAUGGAACCUUAGUAGCUGGUGGACAUCGUAAAGGUAUCGGUAAAAAUCAAUUUAAUAAUCCGGUAUCACUUUUUGUCGAUCAGCAGCAAACAGUUUACGUGUCAGACACAGAAAAUCAUCGAGUAAUGAAGUGGGAGAAAGGUGCAACCGAAGGGGUUGUUGUCGCUGGUAAUAAUGGCGAUGGUAAUACUCUGAAACAACUAUCAUACCCUGGUGGACUCUUCGUUGAUUCAAUAGGCACUGUGUAUGUAACAGACAUAAGAAACCAUCGAGUAAUGCGUUGGCCAAAAGGAGCACAACAGGGAACUGUUAUUGUCGGUGGAAAUGGCGCAGGUGAUGCAGCUGACCAAUUGGCAGGUCCUGCAAAUAUUUCGUUCGAUAAACGUGGCAAUCUUUAUGUUUUUGACAGUGGAAAUCAACGUAUACAACGUUUUUCUAUUGAAGAUACUAAUUGA